AUCUCCAAGGCAGAGACCGCCGCGGAGCUCAAGCCCUCCAUCAACUAUGGAUAUGUGACUUAAGGCAAAACAAACUACCUCUAGAAGUUGUGUGAUUUUUUAAUCAACUAUUAACUGUUAGGAAGUACAGCAAUAUAAUUUAGAAGUGGUCACGUUGAGUAGCCUCUUCUUCCUGCGAAAUGACUGCUGUUCUGGAUAGCCUUGGCUCGGAUAUGCAUACAAACCAUAUUACCUCGAGCAGCUUCAGCACCGUUCACAAGUCCCAGGAUUCUCCAACACUGCCGGUGUCAACUGUGACCGACAGCAGCUUCUUCAGUAGUUCACAGACAGGUCACUGUGCAGGGACAGCGUACGCACAACUGGCAUCCUAUUCCUAUCAUCCUGGCACGGUGGGUAAUGUUCAUUACAGCCCCAAAGCGUACGAUUUAGGCUAUGCUUCCUCCUAUGGCGCUUAUGGAACGUAUGGAGCCAGCUCUUCACCCACACCAACCGAACCGGAAAAAGAAGAGAGUGAACCGGAGGUGCGCAUGGUGAAUGGAAAGCCAAAGAAAGUCCGGAAACCGCGAACCAUCUACUCCAGUUUUCAGCUGGCGGCUCUCCAGCGCAGAUUCCAGAAGACCCAGUACCUCGCGCUUCCAGAGCGCGCAGAACUGGCGGCGUCUUUGGGGCUUACGCAGACCCAGGUGAAGAUAUGGUUCCAGAACAGACGCUCAAAAUUCAAAAAGUUGUGGAAAAAUGGCGAGAUUCCAGCAGACCAGCAGGUUGCUUCCGGUGACUCUCCUUCCAGCUCUCCACCGCCACAAGCAGGUUGGGAUUUCCCACCGAACCAGACACAGAACGACGGGGACACAGUUUCAGAGCAGCCCACAGGGCCGCCAAACACCACUGCCCCAUCGUUCUUAACAAACUAUUCCUGGUACUCAUCUACGAAUGCGGUUACACAUCUACAACCCAGUACCCUAAUACAACCUCAUCACAGCUCUGCAAUGAGUGCAGGGACCAUAUUCUAACAGAGGACUAAAAUGGCUGAAUACACCUGUUGUGGGAGGAUAUAAUAGGCCUUUUGUCACUGGACUUGUAUUUUAGGAGAACAUUAACUUCAAAAUCUAUUUUCAGGCUGGGUUUGCUAAAGAUGUUUGCCGUGGAAUUCUUUGGCGCGACUAAUGCGCUCGAGCAACGCACAUUAAAUUAUUUUUCUAUUUAUUUAUUUGUUUUCGUUUUAGUCCAGUUGAAAGGGGUAAUCAGAUUAUUUCACAUUCCAACUACAAACGGGUAGCCUUUUUGAGUGUUGUACAGAAAUUAUUAGGUUUAUUGAUAAAUCUAUUAAAAUGCUUACAAUCUGCAGUAAUAAUUAAAUGUGCGUUUUACUCA